CACAGUCACUUCUUAGAUGAUAAACGUUACCCCUCAGUUGAACUAAACUGACCCCUUCGCCAUCGGCAUCGGACAGUGGAAUUCACACACACUCGCGCACACAUUUGCACCGAGAAGAGAAGCAGAAACAGAAGACUUUGGUUGUCCUCCCGAGUCCCGAUCCUCCGUUCCCAAAACCCAAACCCCCCAAAACAAAAGUCAAUGCCCUGCGACAACAACUACAACUUACCCCCUAAAUUCCCAAAACUCAAAACUCGAAAGCUAUUCCGUCAUUAAACAUUAAAAACGCUUCCCCCUCUCCCAGGACCGGGAGGCCUUUCUCCCCUGUUUGCUUCUGCCUCUGCCUCUGGUCCCAUCCCCCUUAUAUUUCACUGAUACAACAAAACAAUAAACACCCGAAACGCAAUUCCUUCACAAAACGGACCCAAUUGAAAUUGCAACUGUGUGAUCGAUCCCAUUGCAAUUUAAUACUGCCAGGAAAAGGGGGAUUUUGAUUUGAAGACGUAUAACUAUCAAUUGUUGGGUUUGUUUAUUUGAAAAAAAAAAAUGAUCAAUACGGCCGGAAGUAAUAACAUGAUGUCGCCGUCGGCUUCAUCGGCAUCAGCAAAUAAUGCACAAUCGCCAGGUUUAAAGACGUAUUUCAAGACGCCAGAAGGGAGAUACAAGCUUCAGUACGAGAAGACUCAUCCUUCUGGUCUGCUUCACUAUGCCCAUGGGAAGACCGUAACCCAGGUAACCCUAGCUCAUCUCAAGGAUAAGCCAAUGCAGGCACCAUCACAAUUAUCGUCAAGUCUUGGAGUAAGCAGUGGUGUUAGGUCAGCUGCAGCACGGUUCUUGGGUGGAGGGAAUGGAAGUAGGGCACUUAGUUUUGUUGGAGGAAAUGGAGGCACUAAGUCAGUGAGUGGUAGUAGUAGUAAUAGAGUUGGGUCAUUGGGGGCUUCAAGUUCUAACAGUGUGAUAUCUAAUUCAAAUUUUGACGGCAAAGGCACUUACUUGGUAUUCAACGUUGGCGAUGCCAUUUUCAUAAGUGACUUAAAUUCUCAAGAUAAGGAUCCUGUAAAGUCUAUACAUUUCAGUAAUUCAAAUCCUGUUUGUCAUGCAUUUGAGCCGGAUGCAAAGGAUGGGCAUGAUUUGCUUAUUGGAUUAAAUUCUGGAGAUGUGUACUCUGUGUCUCUUCGACAACAGUUACAAGAUGUUGGCAAGAAGCUUGUCGGUGCGCAGCAUUAUAAUAAAGAUGGUUCUGUGAAUAAUACCAGUCGUUGUGCAAGUAUUGCUUGGGUACCCAAUGGUGAUGGCACAUUUGUUGUUGCUCAUGCAGAUGGAAAUUUGUAUGUAUAUGAAAAGAGCAAAGAUGGUUCUGGGGAUCCUUCAUUCCCUAUUAUUAAGGAUCAAACCCAAUUUACUGUAGUACAUGCACGUUACAGUAAGAAUCCUAUUGCUAGAUGGCAUAUUUGUCAAGGUUCGAUAAAUAGCAUCUCCUUUUCAGCUGAUGGAGCUUAUAUUGCAACUGUAGGAAGGGAUGGUUAUCUGCGAGUAUUUGACUACAAAAAUGAACAACUUAUAUGUGGCGGGAAGAGCUAUUAUGGUGCUUUAUUAUGCUGCACUUGGAGCAUGGAUGGAAAAUACAUCUUGACUGGAGGUGAGGAUGACCUGGUUCAAGUAUGGAGUAUGGAUGAUCGGAGAGUUGUAGCAUGGGGUGAGGGACACAACUCGUGGGUCAGCGGAGUGUCAUUUGAUUCGUAUUGGUCUGCACCAAAUUCUGACGGCACUGGAGAAAAUAUUGUUUAUCGUUUUGGAUCUGUUGGUCAGGACACCCAAUUGCUCUUAUGGGAUCUGGAGAUGGAUGAAAUUGUAGUGCCAGUCCGCCGUCCUCCUGGUGGGUCCCCUACUUUUAGUACUGGAAGUCAGUCUUCUCACUGGGACAGCGCUUGCCCUGUUGGUACUUUGCAAACUGCUCCAAGCAUGAGAGAUGUUCCAAAGAUAUCUCCACUAGUUGCUCAUCGUGUCCAUACCGAACCCCUUUCUGGUUUGAUAUUCACACAAGAAUCUGUCCUCACCGUCUGCAGAGAGGGGCACAUAAAGGUCUGGAUGCGACCCGGUUUUGCUGAAAGCCAAUCGAGCAACUCUGAAUCACUGUUAGGUACCAGUUUGAAGGAUAAAUCCUUGAUAUCAGGAAAGGCAGUCAGCUCCAGUUAUAAGCAAUGACCUGCCGUCAAUGUGUCACUAGACUGUUGAGUCGAGCUGCACGGUGCAUGCUGCUCUUGUCAUAUGUUUUCCUAGAACUGAAAAAUUAUAUGACUUGACUCGUUUGCAGAGAGAUUUAACUGACAAGUUUUUUUUGUAUAGCCAGCGCUUGAAAUGCCGUCUGGGCACCACGAAAUUGAGGGGAGUGCCCGGCCACGUUGUAAGUAUGAAAGGGCUGUCCAUGAAAUGACCGGCAUAAAUAAUUGAAGCUGCUUAAAAUUUGUAGUUUCCAGUUGCUUUUCGUCAUCUGUAGCCAAAUUUGCCUGGAAACAGCUGGUUGACAUUUAAAUUAUGCUUUUUAAUCUAACAUUAUUGGUUUUUUUUUUUU